UCAGAAGAUAAGAUACACAGUGGAAGAUUUCUUUGGUGGAGAUAACAAUAUUACAGGAUGGAGCCUGGGUCUCAUAAACUCUACCAUGUACACGGCUUCCACUCCCGGAAUUACCUAGACACGUACUGUUCCAGUAAACCAGAAAUGCCCUUUGCUCAUGAGGCUUUAAGGUAUCCUAUGGAGAAAUUUUGCAACGCAUUUUCCUCAGGUGACUUUAAGGGAGACGUGUUGAUUGACAUCAGUAUUGGUCCCAUGAUACAACAUCUUUAUGCAGCGCAGGAAUAUUUCAGAGAUAUCAUCCUUCUCAAGCCUACUGAGCACUGUAUUGUAGAAGUGAAAAAAUGGACAGACAGCCGAACCGGAGCAUUUGAUUGGUCACACACCACUACACUUGCUACAGAAUUGGCAGGAAAGAGUGACCAAUGUGAGGAGAAGGAAGUCAGACUCAGGGCUGGAAUUACACAUGUUGUAAAAUUCGAUCUCAACAAGGAAAAUCUCACAGACCCAAUUGGGCUACCACAAGCCGACUGCCUUGUGUUCUUUUGUAUUCCGCAAACCAUCAGCAAAGACCUUGAAGAAUUUGUGAGAAGCUUCAGGAAAUUCUCAAAGCUUCUAAAACCCGGCGGGCGCAUUAUGUUUUAUGGAGCUUUAAAUUGCACAUUCUAUAUGGUUGGGGGGGAGAAGUUCCAUAUGGUAAAGUAUAAUGAAAGUGACUUGAGAAGUAUACUCAGUAAUGAGGGGUUUGUUAUCACCCAUUUGGAGGUUUCCCGAAGAAAGGCUGUGACUGAUCUGUCUGAUUUUGAUUCAGUUAUGUUCUGUACAGCUUAUAAAGAACAGAAGAUUUAGGCAAUUGCACUUCCAAGUGCACUUUCAGUGCAAUUUCAAGUGCACUUUGCACUUGUAGUUUGCACUUGUAGUGAAAAGUGGAUUUGCCUUUCGUAAAUAACCCCCCAUGUAUAGCAAACCCCCCAUGUAUACCAAAAACUGACAAAAGAUGCAGAAAGCAGGAUUUGUGGAAAACAAAAUGCACUGCCCUCUUCCACAACACAUUGAUGUGAACAGUUUCAUAGAUUAUGAUAGCAACUAGUUUUCAUGAGAUUUUAUUAUGCUGUGA